AGACCCUGUCUCAAAUUUAAAAAAAGAAAAACAAAUCAAGACUGUCUUAUGAAUGUGAGAUUGAAGUUUGCCUGUUUGAGGUUUACUUUUAGUAUUAUUGAGCUAUCUUAUUUCCUUUAACUAAACUACAUAUGACCAUCACUCAAUUAUUUUUGACUCCCAAAUAACAAGUUUGCUUUCUUAUUCAGAUUUUUAAGCCAAUCAUGACCAUUUAUAGAAACAGCGAAUUUGAAAAUGGGUGAUGGGAGCAAGGCAUAAAACUAGGAAUGUAUAAAUAUUAGCCAAUGCUGUAUUAAGCAUUUCUAUGUAUCUCCUAUCUCCUUUGAUACUGUCACUCUGAGACGUCAAGCAAAAGAUAGAAUUCCAGUCCAGAAGUAUAGUUUGAAAACAUGUUGCUAUUGCUUAUUCAGUUGCUUAUCCAAUUUCUUGAGUUUGGUGUCCUUUCAGUCUUUUAUUCUGUAAUCCAAAAGUAUCAUGAUUUGGGGGUAUAAAUCUACAGGACAGAAAGUCUUUGCCAUGGUAGAUUAACUUUCUUAUAAAUUUUUUGAAACUCUUCUUCUUAAAACUUGUAACUUAUGAACCUUGUGGAUAGGGACAAAGUAUACUCCAGAGCAAGGGAUUCAGCUCUGCCAAUCACCAACAGAUGAAUAUUUUCAACUUGGCCAUUAUUAUUAUUUAUAGCAUGUUUGUUUUAUAUGUGCAUAGUUUUGAGGUAUUCUACAUUAUAAAUCCUAUUUUGUCCCUAAAAGCAAUGCUAGUGAUUUAUUAAUGGGCACAAAGGUAGAAAUACAGUAGUGUAAAAUUUGAAAGUGAGAAACUUUAUACAGAUUAUAUAUGUCAUUGGACAAUAAGAAUGAUUAUGAAGGGCAGUCCCAUAUGUGAUGAAAGAUGUACCUAUGCAGUUUGACAGCAGCCAGAGGUGAAGAAAUGUGACUGACUGAAAUGGUUUUGGCAGAGGAUUGGUGUUAAAGUGGAAUUCCUGUUUAGUGAAAGGUGAAGGUUAAGAAUUCAAGAACUUAGAAACUAAGCAUGGUGAAUGAAAGUGCUGCUGUGGAAACUUAUCAAAAACUGCAGAUGGCACCAUGGGUUCAAGGCCUUCUCUAAUCUGCAGGUGAAGCUCUGAUAAGGAUUCCUUAGCUGCCAAAGGUUAACUCCCUUCUCCUGUUGGUGAAGAUUGUGUCAGGGAGGGGUUGCCUCUUCGGAAGAUAUUCAUUAUAAACAAACAGGGCAGUUCUUAAAAUGCCUAAAACAUGUCAACUAGGAGGAAAUACUGACCCCAUAAGCCUAAAUCUCAUGCAUGGUUUUGGAUGUUUAAACUAAUGGAUUUAGCAGCCCUUUGGAAUCCAGCCUGUUUGUCAUGACCGUCCAAGAUAUGAUAAUCACAUGAGAGUGCUCAUUGCUACAGAUGUCAUUUGACUCAUCGGAGAAAAUCUGUCUAAAAGAAAAUACCCAUGUGACCAAAUCCAUUUCAUUAUUGAAUGGCUUGAUGGAUUUCCUUUACUCUGAUUCAUACCAAAGCUGUCCUUCUCAACCAAAGCAAGAAAGGAUCCUGCAUGAGUCAAUCCCAGAAUGCAAUUUUUAUAUCACCAACAGGUGAAGAAAACCUCAUGAAUAGCAAUCACAGAGACUCAGAGAGCAUCACUGAUGUCUGCUCCAAUGAGGAUCUCCCUGAAGUUGAGCUGGUGAAUCUGCUAGAAGAACAACUACCACAAUACAGGCUAAAAGUAGACACUCUCUUUCUAUAUGAAAAUCAAGACUGGACUCAGUCUCCACACCAGCCGGAACAUGCAUCUGAUGCCCUCUCUCCAGUCCUUGCUGAAGAGACUUUCCGUUACAUGAUUCUAGGCACAGACAGGGUGGAGCAGAUGACCAAAACUUACAAUGACAUCGACAUGGUUACACAUCUCCUGGCAGAGAGGGAUCGUGAUCUGGAACUCGCUGCUCGAAUUGGACAAGCUCUGUUAAAGAGGAACCAUGUCUUAUCUGAGCAGAAUGAAUCCCUGGAGGAACAAUUGGGACAAGCCUUUGAUCAAGUUAAUCAGCUGCAGCAUGAGCUAUCCAAGAAAGAUGAGUUACUUCGAAUCGUCUCCAUUGCUUCUGAAGAAAGUGAAACUGAUUCCAGCUGUUCUACACCUCUUCGGUUCAAUGAGUCCUUUAACUUAUCUCAAGGGUUGCUGCAGUUGGAAAUGCUGCAAGAAAAGCUCAAGGAACUGGAAGAAGAAAAUAUGGCUCUUCGAUCCAAGGCUUGUCACAUAAAGUCAGAAACUGUUACCUAUGAAGAAAAGGAACAACAGCUUGUCAGUGACUGUGUUAAAGAACUUCGUGAAACAAAUGCUCAGAUGUCCAGAAUGACUGAAGAAUUAUCAGGGAAGAGUGAUGAGUUGAUUCGAUACCAAGAAGAGAUUUCUUCUCUUUUGUCGCAGAUUGUAGAUCUUCAGCAUAAACUUAAAGAACAUGUGAUUGAGAAGGAAGAACUAAGACUUCACCUGCAAGCUUCCAAAGAUGCCCAAAGACAACUGACGAUGGAGCUGCACGAGUUACAGGACAGAAAUAUGGAGUGUCUAGGAAUGUUACAUGAAUCCCAAGAAGAAAUAAAGGAACUUCGUAGUAGAUCUGGCCCUGCUGCUCAUCUCUUCUUCUCCCAAUCAUAUGGAGCUUUUACUGGGGAAUCUUUGGCAGCUGAGAUUGAGGGGACUAUGCGUAAAAAGCUGAGCUUGGAUGAGGAAUCUUCUCUCUUUAAACAAAAAGCCCAACAGAAACGGGUAUUUGAUACCGUCAGGAUUGCCAAUGACACACGGGGCCGCUCUGUCUCGUUCCCAGCUCUGUUACCCAUUCCAGGCUCCAACCGUUCAAGUGUCAUCAUGACAGCAAAACCAUUUGAGUCUGGUUUACAGCAAACAGGGGACAAAUCACUCCUGAACCAGGGAAGCAGCUCAGAGGAGGUUGCAGGGAACUCCCGGAAGAUGGGCCAACCAGGACCCUCUGGAGAUAGUGAUUUGGCUACAGCACUGCAUCGCCUUAGCUUGCGUCGACAGAACUAUUUAAGUGAGAAGCAGUUCUUUGCUGAAGAAUGGCAGCGGAAGAUCCAGGUUCUGGCCGACCAGAAGGAAGGAGUUAGUGGUUCUGUAACCCCAACAGAGAGUUUUGCCUCUCUCUGCACCAACCAGUCAGAGAUCACAGACCUCAGCAGUGCCAGUUGCCUUCGGGGUUUUCUGCCAGAAAAAUUACAAAUUGUCAAGCCCCUUGAAGGAUCACAAACUCUGUAUCACUGGCAGCAGCUUGCUCAACCAAAUUUGGGAACCAUACUUGAUCCACGACCAGGUGUCAUUACAAAAGGCUUUACCCAAUUGCCCAGGGAUGCCAUUUAUCACAUCUCAGAUUUAGAAGAGGACGAAGAGGAGGGCAUUACUUUCCAGGUUCAGCAACCUCUUCAAGUGGAAGAGAAACUUUCAACAUCCAAGCCAGUAACAGGGAUCUUCCUACCACCCAUUACUUCAGCUGGUGGACCAGUUACAGUUGCAACUGCCAACCCAGGAAAGUGCCUGUCAUGCACAAACUCAACAUUCACUUUCACCACCUGUAGAAUAUUACAUCCCUCUGACAUCACUCAGGUUACCCCCAGCUCUGGGUUCCCUUCAUUAUCCUGUGGAAGUAGUGGUAGCAGUUCAUCCAACACGGCUGUAAAUUCUCCUGCCUUGUCCUAUAGACUCAGCAUUGGUGAGUCCAUCACCAACAGACGAGAUUCCACUACAACCUUCAGUAGCACCAGGAGCUUGGCCAAACUUCUGCAAGAGCGAGGCAUCUCUGCCAAAGUGUACCACAGCCCAGUUUCAGAGAACCCCGUCCUCCAGCCUCUCCCUAAAGCCCUGGCUAUCCCUUCCACACCACCAAAUUCACCAUCUCAGUCACCUUGCCCUUCUCCUUUGCCCUUUGAGCCUCGAGUGCAUCUCUCUGAAAAUUUUUUGGCCUCUCGACCAGCUGAGACAUUCCUCCAGGAGAUGUAUGGCUUGAGACCCUCCCGGAACCCCCCUGAUGUUGGCCAGUUGAAGAUGAACUUAGUGGACAGGCUGAAGAGACUGGGAAUAGCCAGAGUGGUCAAGACUUCUGGUGCCCAAGAGAAUGGAAGAUACCAGGAGGCAGAAAUUGGUCUUCAAAAACCAGAUUCUGCUGUUUAUUUAAAUUCAGGUAGCAGUUUAUUGGGUGGACUAAGGAGAAAUCAGAGUCUUCCAGUCAUAAUGGGUAGCUUUGCUGCCCCAGUUUGCACAUCCUCACCAAAAAUGGGUGUCCUGAAGGAGGACUGAGGCUCAGCAGUUAACUGACCUCUUAUACAAAUGAGCACAUGAGGAUAGCUAUACACUGAAACAUGUGAUCUGGUCUGACUUGAGAGAAAAGGAAUGUUGCACAAGGGUUGUGAAUGUGAGAAGGGGAAUGGAGGAAUUGAAGCAAAAUUGGGAUGAGCCCUAAUGGAUGAAGUCUGGCAAAUUGGAAGUAUAAAUGAAUGGGCCAAGAGUGUUGAGAGGCAGGAAAGAAAGGUUUAAUAUACUCCUUCAGUUGAGUUUUCUUGUCUUGAAAAUAAAAAGUGAAUAAUAAAGAAAUUCACUAAUCCUAAAACAUACAGAGAUACUGAACUUGCUGGCACAUUUACUUCUGGUAAGCAUAAAGCAGAGAGAACCCAGGUUGGAAGAAUGAGAUGAGAAAAGGAGCAGUUAUGUUACUUAUAGAAAGCCGCUCUGAAGGGUUGGUGGGGUAAGCUCAGUGUGUUACCAAAACAAUAGUGAGAUGGCUUAUACAUUUCCCCCGUUAAUGUCUGGCUAAAUUACGCAUCUAUCAAAUGAUAUGCUCACAGCAUUAGCAAAAUCAGGAGUUUCAUCUUUUUUAUUGAAUCACAGGUGGAGACUCCUAUUUUCCUUUCUGCUUUCAGGCCUUUGAGCCCCUAGGAGCCCAAAUACCGCUCAAUUAUUUUGUAUUUAUGUUUAAUAAAAGUUCAUUUUUUUAAAUUGGUAUUUUUAUAUAACCUCCAAAAAAAAAAAAAAAAAA